GUGGAGACUCGCAGCAGGAAGAUCUUGUUCACGGCUGUAAGAGAUUGGAGCAACAUCUGCUGCUUUAUAAUAGCAGGUGUGGCCAUGGCUCAGCAAGCGCAGGGCCAGUCGAGGCGUUUCACCACCAUGGAUGUUGAUGAGGAGGAGAACAUGAGUUCAUGCAGCACCGACGUAAAGGAAAACCGCAACCUGGACAACGUCUCUUCUAAGGAGGGAGGUGGCCUGGUGGAGCAGCUCCCUAAUGGUAGUGGAGGAGGGGGUCGCAAGCGACCCCUGGAGGAGGGCAACAAUGGUCACGCGCACUCCAAAUUCAGACCCAAGAAACGUAAGAAAACACCAGGGCCGGUUCUGCCCAAGAACGCCCUGAUGCAGCUGAAUGAGAUCAAACCGGGUUUGCAGUACAAGCUGCUAUCGCAGACCGGCCCGGUCCAUGCGCCGGUCUUUGUCAUGACCGUUGAGGUUAACGGUCAGUUGUUCGAGGGCUCGGGGCCUACGAAGAAAAAGGCCAAGUUAAACGCCGCUGAGAAGGCCCUGCGUUCCUUUGUGCAGUUCCCAAACGCAUCCGAGGCGCACAUGGCCAUGGGCCGUACGCUCACAGUCAACACGGAUUUCACCUCCGACCAGGCUGACUUCCCUGACAUGCUCUUCAAUGGGUUUGAGACGCCGGCAUCGUCCGAGGAAACGUUUUUUCUGGGCUCCAACGGCAACGGCUCCUUAAAACCGCUGGGAGAGUAUCCCGUGCCCCAGGCGCCAGGUACGAAUAGCCUUAUGCAGGCGCCAUUGCCGCCGCCCUCCUCCUUCACCUCCUCGACCAGCGGCAAAAACCCUGUCAUGAUUCUCAACGAGCUGCGGCCAGGCCUCAAAUACGAGUUUGUGUCGGAGAGCGGGGAGAGCCACGCUAAGAACUUUGUGAUGUCGGUGACCGUGGACUCACAGACGUUUGAGGGCUCAGGCCGAAAUAAGAAACUUGCUAAAGCUCGGGCUGCCCAAGCCGCUCUGUCAGCGCUCUUCAACAUGCAACUGGACCAGACCCCGUCGCGCCAACCCAUCCCGAGAGAGGGGCUACAGCUGCACCUGCCGCAAGUCCUUGCAGAUGCCGUUUCUCGUCUGGUAGUGGACAAAUUCAGUGAGCUCACUGACAACUUCACAUCUCCACACGCACGACGGAAAGUUCUGGCUGGUGUUGUCAUGACAACAGGCACUGAUGUCAAGGAUGCUGAGGUCAUCUGCGUCUCCACGGGAACCAAGUGUAUAAACGGCGAGUAUAUGAGCGACCGUGGCCUGGCGCUCAACGACUGUCACGCUGAAAUCAUUGCUCGUCGCUCCCUGAUCAGGUAUCUCUACAUGCAGCUGGAGCACUUCUUAAGUAACAAUAAAGAGGAGCAUCAAAAGUCCAUAUUCACGCAGUGUGACAAACGUGGCUACCGGCUGAAAGACAACGUCCAGUUUCAUCUUUACAUCAGCACAUCACCUUGCGGAGACGCCCGGAUCUUCUCUCCACACGAGGCGGGUGUAGAGGACCAGGGAGACAGACACCCAAACAGGAAGGCAAGGGGCCAACUGAGGACCAAGAUCGAGUCUGGAGAGGGAACCAUCCCGGUGCGCUCUAGUAACACCAUACAGACGUGGGACGGCGUUCUGCAGGGCGAGAGGCUGCUUACGAUGUCAUGCAGUGACAAAAUCGCAAGGUGGAACGUGGUGGGCAUCCAGGGCUCUCUGAUGAGCUACUUCACUGAGCCCAUCUACUUCUCCAGCAUCAUCCUGGGCAGCCUGUAUCACGGUGAUCAUCUCUCCAGAGCCAUGUACCAGCGGAUUGCUGAUAUCGAAGACCUGCCCCAGCAAUUCUCCCUCAACCGCCCCCUGCUCAGUGGAAUCAGUAACGCUGAGGCCCGGCAGCCGGGAAAGGCUCCUAACUUCAGUGUGAACUGGACAGUGGGAGAUCAGGCUCUAGAAGUCAUUAACGCCACCACAGGCAAGGAUGACAUGGGCAGAGCCUCACGUCUCUGUAAGCACGCCCUAUACAGCCGCUGGGUGCGACUUCACUCUAAGCUUUCGUCAACUCUGCUAAUCAAAGUGCCCAAGCCCAGCUCGUACCACGAAGCCAAACAAGCAGUGUUGGAGUACCAUACGGCCAAGCAAACGCUCAUCAAGGCCUUUCACAAAGCGGGCCUGGGAGCCUGGGUGAAAAAACCCAUAGAACAGGACCAGUUCUCGCUGAACUCUUGAAGAGGGAACUUAAAAAGACCAGGACAUGACAACAACCAGCUGUUUGUGCGGGGAUGUGUGUGUGUGUGUGUGUGUGAUGCUGUUUGUUCUCGGACAAACCAAGAGCCCUUUACUGUCUGUCAUUUUGCUCUCUUUGUGUGAAUCAUGACUCUGCCUUUUUAAUUUGUAAUGUAGAAGCAGACUGUCAUCUAACGUAUGUUUGUUUUUAGUUAGCGGCAUUAGCCUUUAGCAGAUAACGGGACGUAAUGUCAUUUGUAACUGGAAAAAUUUUCUUUUUAUUUUUUUGUGAGAGAGGGUUGUUCCGACAAAGCCUUGAUGCCGUAAACGUGCAUGUUACGUGGCUUCAGGUCGACCACACCGCUGUGCGCACGGGUCUGAAGGUUUCCUGGUCCAGCCUACCCAAAUGCUGGCUCACCUUUUUGAGCAUGGUUCUCCUUGAUAUGCAAAACAUAAGCAUAUUUAUAUUUUUUAUUCCAUUGCCUCCAGAUUUUAGAAGGGGAAGAAAUGCUAUCACAUAGAUCAUAACUAUACAGCAUGGUCCCUUUAGAUAGACAAACUUAUUUUGUCCGGACUUUAGUGUAGAAUUAGCGUACGCCGUCUUUCUAGUCAAAAUAGAUUUCAGAUUUUAAUUUGACCUCAGAGGGAAACUUGAAUUUUUGCAUAUGGUUCCUUGAGAGCUAUGUAAGCUGUAUUCCCAAACGGUUAUUUUAAUUGGAAGAUGGAGUAGUUUCACGGAUGCAACCAAAGUGCAUUGACGUUAUUAAACAAUGUGUCGUGGCUGUUAAAAUUUCUCAGAGGUCUUAAAUGCAUGUGCGAAUUACAUAAGGCUCACAAAGAAUGCCCUUUAUUCUGGGUUAAAUACUUUACUGGCCUAUAAUGCACCAUUUUAGAAGCCCUACUUUUUAGGUGUCUGCACUAUAUUGACUUUAAGCUGCAUGGAGUCCAUUGGAUCACUCAAACCAAAUGGCAGAUUUCCCAGUGAACCUGAUCUGCUAAUGUGAUCGAGUUAUGUUAAAGGAAUAGUUCAUCCAAAUAUGAAAAUUCACACUUAUUUUGUUCCAAGCUCCAUAGGACUUCCAAAUUGUCUAAAGCUUCGCAUGAGGAAGAGACCAAAACCAAAACCAUUUGAAAGUUGGUGAGUCUAUUUCUGGUUGAACUCUUCCUUCAACAUUCAAGCUGCAUUUAGUCACUGCAGGUUUGAGAGCAGGGCAUCAUGGGAGUUCAAGAUGGCAGAAUGGUCUGAAAAAUGCACGUUUAUUAUUGACAAAAGUCAUCUCUGCAUGCGGAAGCAAGGGUUUGCAGAGGCGACUCUGACUUUUACUUUAUCCUUGCGUCUUGUUUGAGGAUUUUUUUAUUUCCUGCAUAGACCUGAAUGCCUACAUUCCUCCUCAGAGGUGCGCUUCUGUAAGACUGAAUUCAGCUGUGUCCUUGAGGAUGAGGUUUCCCCUCUCCAGGCUUGUGCUGUAGGAAGGUCUGAGCCAGGAGCUCAGGCGCUCUUUGAUUUAUGACUUAUCCAGUGCAGCAUGUUUGACUGGUAAGGUUAUAGAGAGCUGAGAAGCAGAAGUAUUUUCUCCACCGAUCAUUCAUGUGCAGAAAAUUGGGCUUUGGUGGUUUUCAGAUUCCAGAAGCAUUGCUGUUUAAUUUAAACUCCUGGUGGGGUUUAUAGUCAUAUAAUUUGACACUUAAAACGAAAGAUACACGGUUGCAUUAGUAUUUAAAGGAAUUGGUGACCCAAAAAUGAAAAUUGUGUGAUUUACUCGCCCUCAAACAUAUAUGCAUACCAUAAACU